AUGAAAGGGGCAGUACUUUUUCCUUGGCUCUGCUACACAAACCUAUUUUUCCUUUCCUUUGGAGGGUCAGAGUGCUUUUUCUUGGCCUCAAUGGCUUAUGAUCAUUAUAUUGCUCUUUGCAAUCCCUGACAUUAUCCUGUAUUUCUGAACAAGAAGAAAUGCAAUGUACUGGCUGCAGGGUGCUGGGUCAGCGGAAUACUUAUAUCCUUGGGCCUCCUCACAAGCAUGGUGUUCACUUUACCCUUCUGCAGAUCCAAUGCGAUCAACCAUUACUACUGUGACAUCCCCCCACUGCUAAAGCUGGCCUGUGUGGACACUUCCCUCUUUGAGUUUUGUGUCUUGAAGUUGGCUUUGAUUUUUAUUGCCUCUCCCUUUGUGCUGAUCUUCCUGCCAUAUAUACGCAUUGUCUCCACUGUUCUGAAAAUUGCCUCUAUUGAGUGCAAAAAGAAAGCCUUCUCCACCUGCUCUUCACACCUCAUCGUGGUGAUAUUAUUCUAUGUCUCUGGCUGUGUUAGGUAUCUGAAGCCCAAAGCAGACUACUCUCCAGAUAUAAACAAGUUUCCUUCUUUAUUAUACACAUUCCUCACACCCAUACUAAACCCUAUCAUUUACACUUUGAGAAAUAAAGAGGUGAAAAGUGCUUUCUGGAGAGUGCUUGGGAAAAGGAGGCUUGUCUGA